AUGGCUCAGCAAGGGCAGGUGUUUAUCGACCCUGCUAUUUUGGAUGAUAUAAUCAAGCGUUUGUUGGAAUUUAAGCAAACUAGGAUUGCCAAACAGCAGCAGGUCCAACUAAGUGAGAGCGAGAUCCGCCAACUCUGCACUGUCUCUAAGCAAAUAUUUCUUCAACAACCUACUCUUCUGGAGCUUGAAGCACCCAUAAAGAUUUGCGGUGAUAUUCACGGGCAAUAUUCUGAUCUUUUGAGGCUAUUUGAGUAUGGUGGCUACCCUCCUCAUUCCAAUUAUCUAUUCAUGGGGGAUUAUGUUGAUCGCGGGAAGCAAAGUCUGGAGACAAUAUGUCUUUUGCUUGCCUACAAAAUCAAGUACCCUGAGAACUUCUUUCUUCUACGAGGAAACCAUGAAUCUGCAUCUAUUAACCGUAUAUAUGGGUUUUAUGAUGAAUGCAAGCGUCGGUUCAAUGUGAGACUCUGGAAAACUUUUACAGAUUCUUUUAACUGUCUUCCUGUUGCUGCUCUCGUAGAUGACAAGAUCUUGUGUAUGCACGGAGGUCUCUCUCCUGACUUGACAAACUUAGACCAAAUAAGGAACAUAACUCGUCCCGCUGAUGUUCCUGAUUCGGGUUUGCUAUGUGAUCUUCUUUGGUCUGAUCCCGGAAAGGAUGUUAAAGGAUGGGGGAUGAAUGAUCGCGGUGUCUCGUACACCUUUGGUGCAGAUAAGGUUUCAGAAUUUUUAAUGAAAAAUGAUAUGGACCUAAUUUGUCGUGCUCAUCAGGUUGUGGAGGACGGAUAUGAGUUCUUUGCAGAUAGACAACUGGUGACCAUCUUUUCUGCUCCAAAUUAUUGCGGCGAGUUUGAUAACUCUGGCGCUAUGAUGAGCGUUGACGAAACUUUGAUGUGUUCUUUUCAAAUACUUAAGCCAGCUGACAAAAAACUGUGA